AUGCAAUGCUACAUGAACUCCUCUUCAGUUGGCUCGGAUAUUCGGGUGAAUCCAGUGAAGAGUACUAGAGGCGCAGAUUGGGGGGCCGAGCUUUUGCCAGAAGCCUUGCAAGUUGCACAAGAAGCUGAUGGAUAUUCGUCGUUGGAGUUCCAAUUGGAUUCCAACGUCUCCCUCUCUACUCCUACUGCACCUCAAAGUGUAAAUGUGCAUAGAUCAGAUGAAAUGAUGAUUCGAGGUCCAGCGCAAUCAAACAUCUCCCUUCCUCCUUCUUAUUCCCUAACUCGAAGCAUGUUCCCCGCACAAAGUGGAAUAAAGAGUGCGCUUGCUGUGAUGGGCUAUAGCAAGUGGACUGCAUCUAGGCGGCUGAUUCAACAAGAGCAGUCUUCAGAGCCUCCUCGGCUAUUUGCAUUGUGGAACGACUACUACAAAGCAGAGAAAGAAGCCGUGGCUCAGCAGUCGGGGGAAGCCGUAGGGGAGGUUCAUGAAGAAGCAGACGCACGAGACGACUACUACAAAGCAGAGAAAGAAGCCGUGGCUCAGCAGUCGGGGGAAGCCGUAGGGGAGAUUCAUGAAGAAGCAGGUCCAUCAAGACAGUCCCAGUUUGCGCCAUCUCGGAUAAAGAGGCCACCACGACAGCGAACACAAUCUCGACGCACGAGAAUCACUCAAUCUUACUUGAAAUUUGUUGCUCCUGUAAAUGGCUACACUAGUACACUCAUCGGCUUCAUCCAAUAA